AUGGCGAAGAAUGGGGAAAGAAGCCGCACAAGUGAAGUGGAGGGUAGGAGUGAGACACAGGGUUUAGGUAUUCCUCUGCCUCCAUUCUUUCUCAAUCACUCUCCCAGACCACCCGAGCUGCUCCCUCACACCUGCCUCACCUCACUUCCCAGCCCACCCGCACUCCACACAACUACCAACUCACCCAGCUCCUCCCUCACUCACCCUCGCCCAACACCCUCACUCACCCUCGCCCAACUCACGCAGCCCAUCGCCUGCCAUCUGGGGCCGCAAGCCACCCUCCAGCUCAAGCUGCCGCGUACCAUCGAAACCCCUGCGCCGCGCCGCGCCAACCACCAAGCCCCAGCCCUAAUCUUCGCGCCUUCAACCCCAAAACCUACCGCGAGCCACCCACAAGCCCGGUUCGCUUCAUCUUCUGCACUACACAUCAAACGGUGCGUUUCACCCACAAAAUCGACAGCGUUUUGCGACGCGAUGGCUUCUUCUCGACUCGAUUUCUUGUUCUGCCAUUUGUGUGGGACAAUGCUCACUGUCCCUUCCACUCAGUACGCCCAAUGCCCUUUGUGCAAAACUCGCCGAGCCAUACAAGAUAUUCGUGAUAAGGAAAUAAGUUACACAAUUUAUGCUGAGGAUAUCAGAAGAGAGCUUGGAAUGGAAAUAAUUGAGGAACAGAAGGUGCAAUUGUCUAAGGUCAACAAGAAAUGUGAAAAAUGUGGUCAUGAUGAAGCUAACUUUUACACCAGACAGAUGAGAUCAGCAGAUGAAGGGCAAACUACUUUCUACACAUGUACCCGCUGUGGUCAUCAAUCUCAGGAGAAUUAG